UUACACCCUACCAAACACCAAAAAGACAAAGAAGAGAAGAGGUGAGGUGCAGAGUUUAGCACGUGUGCUUGUCUUUGUCUGUCUAGUAUGCUAAAUCUCUUCAUAGAAAUGGAAGAAACAAUGCUCAAUAACUGAAAAAGAAGAAGAAGAAGAAGCAGCUUAAUUCAAUGGGUUUUGGUGGUUCCUUUUCAUUCUCCUUAAAAUCAUCUUCUUCAUCAAGCUUUUCUUUUCAGCAACACACAGUUCAAUCUUUAAAGAGAAGAGGUUUCUCCAUACAAAGCUGCUUUUCAGUAUCUUAUCACAAGUUUGUUGAUUUUGCUUUGGAUCAAACUUCUCUCCAUACCAAGUUACUCCCUUCUCCCUUACAGGAAAAGUAUAAUUCUAUCAAUUCAAACGAUGGUAAAGGAGCACUUAGUAUGCUAUCAUUUGAAACUGACAAGAUUAGGCUUCUACGUAGUCUGAUCAUCGAGACAGAAACAAUGCAGGUUUUGGACUUUACCGUCUUUCCAAAAGCUGAGUAUGAUGUUCCCAUAUUUUGUGCUAACUUUUUCACAACCGCUAAGACAAACAUUGUUGUGUUGGACCUUAACCCCUUGCAUGAUAUCAUCAAUCAGAACGACUACAAAGAAAAGUACUUCAAAAGCUUAAUUCCUCUUGGCCUGAAAUACGCCGAGCAUUUUCCAUGGGGAGGGAAGCUCACAAGUGAGUCUAUAAAGUUUUUUUCACCGAUUGUUAUUUGGACAAGGUUUACUUCAAGCUCACAAAAAUAUGAAGUUCUGUAUUCGGCAUUCAGAGAUUAUUACAAGGUGUGGUUGGAAUUGAUAGACACGGCAGUAAAAGAGACGGAUGAAUAUCAAAUUUUCCGCAAUCUUGAAGCACAGCAUAGAUAUUUGACCUGGAGAGCCGAAAAGGAUCCGGGACAAGGUGUUUUGAAGAAGUUGACCGGGGACAGACUUGCCAAGGAUUUAUUAAGAAGCUUUCUCUUUAACGGAGUCGAUGAGCUAGGAAGCAAAACGUUCGAUGACUAUUUUCCACAUUACCACGGUGAGGAAGGAACUCUAAAUAAGAAAGGUGGUAAUGUUGGGAAGUCUUUCGAGAAUCGCCCGUGGGAUGCAAGUGGAAAAUUCCGUGGUCAAUGAAUGCCGGAGCUUGUGCACACGACUGCACCAACACUGGUUAAAUUUCUUUGACUCGUGUUCUGCAAGCAAAUAUUGAGUUUCCACUGCAAAUUUUGUCCACAAUGAAUGUUUGGUCGAAUCAAUUGACGAAUUGGCCAUACUAAUUACCAACAUGCUUGUAACUUUUCCUUCAUGUACUAUUGUGUCAUGUGUAUGUUAUGUCUAUGUUGUUGUAUUCUAUGUAUACGAAAAUAAAUUCGGUGGCUAAAAGAAAACUUCAACACCGACCGAUUAUCUGUAAAUUUUGAUUCGUCUGCAGCUAUGUCCGAUUAGCAGCCGAUAAAUGAAGUCUUGGUAACAUGAUAUGUGCAAUAUUAUGAUUAGCAAAUAUUUCAACAUGUGUGUACUUUAGAUUGAUUUACAUGACCUGAAAAUUAUCACCUGUUUCAAUAUUUGGAAUGUUGAUUUGUCAAGGUUCUGGUGAUCAUUUUGUAAUUGAACAUUUAUUAAAAUGUUUUGUACUA